AUGUCUUCGAACACGGAUUCUGAGCUAGAUACCGAAACCUCCAGCAACAGCUUUCUGGGUGACCUAGGACCCCCGAUCAGAAGGUACCCGUACAAGGGAACUAGAAACUUACGAGAAACAGUGGAGAUGGAACUGAGUCGCCAGCAAGAGGAAAAUGAGGCCAGUGAAUGGGUACUGUUCACCGGAGUGAAUAAGCAGACCUUCAGUCGCGACUUCCUAAACUCGGACGAUCGUUACCUUGAGCGUUGCUGGAAUUCUUACGAUUCAUCCCAACACCUUCUACUUGUCAUAAUGACAUUCUCACGAGCCCACGAGGUAGCAACACAUGUAUUCGAAAGGAUUCUUCUCUUUUCUAUCGACCCAAUGGGCCUCGUUAACUGCCUUCGGUCUUUUGGAUCGGCCACUUGCAAAGCAGAAAAUGGCUCCGCUAAACAGCCCGACUGCCAGUUUUUACCAAAAAGACUUCCUCGAGCUCGAACGAACCAAUGGCCCUCAGUUGUGGUGGAAACAGCCUUUUCAGAGUCCCCCUCCAAAUUGAUAUCCGAUGGGCGGUUCUGGCUUCGCGAGUCCAACGGCGAUGUUCAAGUGGUCAUCACAAUCAAAAUCGGUCGAAGCUCGCCUGAAAUCGUGCUAGAGUCAUGGGGACUUGUGAAUGAUAGGCCCAAACGUCAGCAAGUCGUUACGAUCAGCAAAGGCAAGAACAAUAAUGUCUACAUUCGGGGCCAGCCGCUUACCAUCCGCUUCGACCAACUCUUUCUUCGCCCGUCGAGCAUCUCGAAGGAGGGGAAUAUCAACUUUGGCCAGACUCCUUUGAUGGAACUUGCCGAGAACGUCUGGGAAGAGCAAGGGUUUUGA